AUGACCAAUAUAAACGUUGGCACCAGUACUGACGAUGAUAAACUGGUUCAUGUGCCGUCUUCGUCUAUCCCGGCCAUUACGGGAGAGAUAAAGUAUGUAGAUCCGAUGUUUAAGAUGCCUUCAGUGUUGGCUCCCUACAAAGUGGCCAUUCUAUCAUACUCUGCAUCUCUCGUGAGUACUGCUGUAGGAUUUCCCCUCGAUUCUAUCAAGACUCGGAUGCAGACCCAUAAUUUCGCCAGUGCUUUGGAAUGCUUCAAACUUACGCUGAGACUUGAAGGUUUUGGGGGACUAUUCAGAGGAAUCGCUGCACCACUCAUUUCAACCUCUUUUUCUAGAUCGUUGGGAGUAUCGAUUUUUGCCCGGACGAAACCAAUUAUUUCCUCCGUUAUGGUCCCCGUAUGGGGUGUUGAACCUCUUAUCAAAGUCAACAACUCUUUGACAAACCCUCAACUUGCUAUUGUCAUUAACAAUAUCCCCAUUUCUUUACUCUCCGGUGGCAUAGCAGGUUCCGUGGUAAGCGCAUUUGCAUGUCCUUUCGAGCUCACCAAGAUUUUUCAGCAGAUCAUCAUGUUGGUGAAUUCUGACACUCAGACAAACCUUCGGUCCGAAAAACUACCGACUAGACUCUACGAGGUGACUAAAUCUAUAGUAGAUCACGAGGGAGCUCGCGGGUUGUAUUCCGGCUACAGAUACCACAUACUGAGAGAUUCUCUUUCUUCGAGUCUUUUCUACGGACUUUAUGAGACCGUUAAGAUGGGAUUCCAAUCGUUGAGUGGGACAGCCUUGGAAAAGGGUCUACUAAGUAACUCUCUUAAAGACAAAUUAGACAUUAUAUGCGUUCCAGUGGCGGGAGCCCUGGCAGGUUGCAUUUCUUGGAUCACUGUCUUUCCGAUAGAUACCGUCAAGUCUCAGUAUCAAAGAGACGUUGUGGGAAAUAUAGUACGUGCUCGAUCUGGACUCAAAAGGCUUCCCGUAGUGGCUAGACCACUUCGUUUUCCUACCAGGGAAAUGUAUAAAGGCUUGGGGCCGUCAAUUACCAGUCUGUUUGAGGCUUUAAUGAAGACGGCAUUUUUGGGUCCUGUACAAUCUGCUUUCGUUCGCUCUUAUAACUCUGGUAAUGUUUCUACUUUGAGGUUCACCAACUUCCUUACAAACGUCUCAUACCUGCCUGAAACUGGCACCAUGGACUUCCAGCUUCGUGCAUUCGCUUUGGAAGAGGUUGUGGAUGUUAAUUCCACUACAAACAUGUAUACUACUAUUCAUUUCAGGCUUAAAUACGUUGACGAUUUGAUUGUCGAUCAGUAUCUAAGGCUCUGUGACUACGCCUCGGUCAAUCAUAUGACCUCAUAUUACGUUCCCAAGGGAGUAUUUACAGGGAUCGAGAAUCUCUUCUCUUACGGUGGAACAAUGACUCAAACCGUUUCCACUUUGGUUAAAGUUAACGGUACUCAAACGUCUACUUCCCUUGUGGAAAUGACAACAGAAGGCCCUAGACUACUCAACUCUACUGAUGGAGAUGUCGAUAUUCUUCCGGUGGGCAUUCAAAAACGAUACUAUACUUCGGGGAAUACAUCCGCAAUUUUACGGUAUCAUUAUAUGGCUUCUGGAGAGUCUCCUAUAAUGAAAGUACAACAUCGUAAAGAUGAUCCUGAUGUCUAUACGGAUCCUGCUGUGGUUACCCUACCCCAAUCAUUUGAAACAGUUCAAGUGUCUGUCCCGACAACUGUUUACAGCGAGGCAUCAGAUUCUCCUUCAUAUUCCUCCUCUUCUUCUGCCUCUUCCUAUGCUACCGCUUCUUCUUGUCCCAUAUUCAAAAACAACGAAGUCAUUAUCAAUCUUUCCGCACAGGUGGGACAUCGGUCUGCCUUUGGUUCCUUUGAACUGGAGGUGGAGAUCAUUUCACCUGAUGCUGAACAUAGCGUCAUAGGAUACACAGGUUCAUCGAUUAGCACAGUUCAAAAUGCAAAGUUCUCUGCCUUCUUGUCCAUUUUCUUUGCGUCUCUUUUGGGUGUCAUCUUCCUAAGUAACCUUACCAACAUUUUCCUCUCGCCCUAUCAAGAUUCUCAAGAUGUCUACCUCAUGUCUGCAGCCAUGAUUUGCAAUGCUCCUUUGCUUAACCAGGUGACUCCAUUAUUUGUUGAUUUCAUACACUAUUUACAGUUCAUAUUCUUCAUGGCUGCACUUAAUCUAAACUAUCCAGGCUUUUUUAGUCCGCUAGUUGCAAGCUUCCGCUGGGUAGCACUUCUGGGCACAAAAAGUAUCAACGGAGAUUCUGUUGGCAACGUUUAUCAGACCAUAUACACCGGGGGUUUAAAGGCUUUACUUAAUGGAGCAGGUGACAAUUCCAUGAACUUCCAAUGGAUGUGGUUACUUAUCAACUUUAUAAUUUUCAUUUGCGGCUACAUUUUGGUUUAUAACGUGCUCUUUGCAGUUGUAUACCUUAUCCGCAGACUUCGUGGGUCCCCUGUGGGUGUUGGUUCCAAGAGGAGCUGUCUCUGUUACAACAUGGGCGUGAUUCUCUAUUCAUUUCUUAGUGUUGCUGCUAUUCCUCUUCUUACAGUCUCCCUAUACAUUAUGGCUACUUACAACAGCAAUCCGUAUGGUGGUCCCAAUAAUAAUGAUACAUUUGCUGUAUGGUGUGUGGUGACAGGAGCCUUGGUUCUAGUUAUGUUUGUUGGCUUGAUGGCAUUUUUUGGCAUUAAAUACGUAUUUUCUGAUGCUGGCAAGAAUAAACUCUACACCAAACUAACGACGAUUCUUAUAUGGAACUUGUUCUAUUCCAGUUUCAACGUUGCCAAGGUGGCAUUUGUCCUUGUUGACCAAUCCGAAUUUCUUAUCUUCAGCAUAGUAAUUGGAUGCGCUCAGUCGAAUGGAGUGGCACAGCUUUCUGUCAUUAUCGUUACCAAGUCGUUGUAUCUUGUUCUCCUCGUCAUCUACAAACCAUACUAUUCGAAAACGCGGAUGAACCGUAACAAGAUGGCUUGUUCAGCGGCCAGUAUCAUUGUAUCACUCCUCCAUGUUCCGUUUGUUUAUCAUCUUGAUGCAAGCGAUUCUAUACGUACCAGGUUUAUAUGGGCUAUCAGUAUCAUACACCUUCUCGUCAUAGUGACAUUGUUUUUGCUUCCUACGAUGCAGAACAUUUAUUUGUGUUUUAAGUGGUACUACAAAUACCGUAAGGGAGACAAGGGCACGGAUAUUCCAGAUUAUCGUGAUGAUGGUGACUUUAUAGAGCUUCCAUUCUCUUCGGAUAAUCGGUCUCUUACGUCAGACGGCACUUUCGCUGAUUUGCUGACAAUGCCACCACUCUCGCCCUCUGUUUCUGGCAUUCUUCAUGAUAGCUCUAGCGAGAUUAACACCAGUGACUCUACAGAAUCAGCAAGGAACUUUGAUAAGCCGUUACCCGCCUACACGCAGAGAAGCACUAAAGAUUGGAUGGCUCGAGAGGUGGAUAUGUACUACAAUGCACGCCGAAUUCUCGACCCGGAUCCUGAAGUUCGUCAACUCUGGGAGGAAAGGGGACGGAAAUUGGUCAAGGCUAACAAUGCUUUUGCUGAGAAGACAAGAACCAAUCGGAGGGAUGAGGAUGUUGGCGGAACCAAUAUCAAGUCUGGUUCUUGGAUGUGGUUGGAAAACAUCAAGAAAGUUCAUUUCAGUUACAGAAGGAGACCUCCCAGGUCGUUUGAGGUUAUGAGACCACAUCCUUUGAUAGUGAAUCGAGAUUUGGCUCGGAUCGAAACCCGUUACACACUCUCCACUUAUACUGCAACAUUUACUACAAACAGUGGGAUUGUUAAGGACGACAUUUCAGACGUCGAAGGAUCUCCUUUGUCGCCGGUCACAGCUACACAAGAUUCUGAUCAAUUGUCGAUACCAUCUGUAAUUGAUCCGGAGUCCAAGAGACUCGCGCUCAGAGUGGUCAAUACGGUGUCGGAUGAGGACGAAGUAUGA